AUGGCGAACAUCAGAAAGGGAGUCGGUCUAUCCGCCUUCUCGCGAAACGCUCUCACUUCAGAUCAUUAUGCCUCUCACGGCGCUGCUCUACGCUCAGCCCAUGCCGACUCCUUAGCAAACCAGCUCUCAGUCUUUCAGGCCGCUCUCCAUUCGUUCUCCCUUACUCAUGGCGCUGAAAUCCGCUCUAAUCCAACGUUCAGGGCUGAAUUUGCCCGCAUGUGCAAUGCCAUCGGAGUCGACCCACUUGCCAGCUCCAAUCACAAGACUCUCAAAAGUGGUAAGAAUGAAGGCGGAAGUUUUUGGUCGCAGAUGCUUGGUGGCAGUGUCAACGACUUCUACUUUGAACUUGCUGUCAGAGUUGUCGAAGUUUGCCGCGAAACUCGGUCAGAGAACGGUGGCAUGAUCGAAGUGCCUCAGGUGCGAAAACGUGUUGAGAAAGGAAGAGGCAUUGGUGGAGGACUUGAGGUGUCCGAUGAUGAUAUCCUCCGCGCUGUCAAGUCACUGGAACCUCUCGGCUCUGGCUUCACUGUCAUGAAGAUUGGCUCCAAGCAGAUGAUCCGCUCGGUACCGAAGGAGCUCAAUACUGAUCAGUCCACUGUUCUGGAGGCAAUACAAGUGCUAGGUUACGUGACUGUCUCUAUGCUUCAACUUAAUCUAGGUUGGGAGCGUGCAAGAGCAGUUGCUGUCAUUGACGAUCUUGUUGCCGACUCUCUCGUAUGGUUAGAUGCACAGGCCGACGAAAAAGAAUACUGGAGUCCAGCGCUGAUGCACGAGAUUGGAGGCGAUUGA